AUGUUAGGAGAGGCCUACGCCCUGCGGCAGCAGAUGCAGGAUGAGGAUGCUAUAUACAUGAUGCCAGGGAUCCCUUGGCAGACGAUUACUACGUUGUGUGGGGCUGCUCUUGUAAGCGUUCUGUUGGUCUGCAUUCACUUGGCACUCACGGAGACAGAAUACCAAUUCAUGCACACUCAGCCGAGAAUUCGGAAAACAACCGAGACCACCGUUUUCAAAUCCGGGAGUUGGAUGAAGCCAGACCUUCGUCAUGUGUUUCAGAAACGUCGAGAACACCUUCUGGAAAGGUGUCGCUCCCUCAGGAUAAACGAUGCCCCGCACACGACCCUGUGGCACUCUUUUUUAACUGUUGAAUCCCCUGGGCCCCUCGAGGUGUGCGUCCCUCCGAAGGCUGGUUCGACAUCAUGGCGCAAAUUAAGUCGACAAUUAGCUGAACAAAAGCAGUCGAGCCUUCGCCCGACCAACGCCAUCUUGGUUAGGCAUCCGCUGUCCCGCCUAGCUUCCGUCUAUAGAGACAAGUACCUCGACGGGGCACCGAUAAGCAACUACAACCGAGACUGGCGGGAGCGAACAGGAACCACUGCGCCGUGGAUGUUUUACUGGCUAACCUACUGGCUCCCCGCGCUGGUCUCGUCCGGACGCCUCGCUCCACCGAAGCGCUUUCUGGAAGGCCUGAAGGAGGGUGCUCCCUCUGAUAAAUCAUUCAACCUUGGGAUUAAGAGGUUGCGGGACGCCGUCACCAGCGCCUUCGGCGGCGUUCAAGACAAGCUCACGAAACGAUGUAGCAAUUCCUCUUUUACUUUCCACGAGUUUCUAGAGUUCGUAGUGUGGGCAAAUGACCUGGGAAUUCGCGACGUGCAUUGGGCACCCUACACGGAGCAGUGCCUCCCGUGCCAAAAGGACUACCACUACAUCCUCCACUUGGAAACGAUACAGGAGGAGUGCAGGAUGCUCUUGAAGGAUGUAGGAUACCCUAAGGAGCUUAAUUUCACCACUCAGCACCAGACAAAGGGAUGCACCAACACGCUUCCUCGGGAUGACUUCCAGUACUACAAAGACGUGCCUGGGAGCCUAAUGAAAGCUGUUCUUGAAAUUUACAAACAUGAUUUCGAACUCUUUGGCUAUAGCAAAUAUGUACCGUCAGUAUUAAAUAAUGGGAAUACAGUGUUGUAAAUUGAUAAAAAUCUUCGUAUUUAAAGCCUUUUAUACAGUUAUUGACAAGAUAGCAUCAAGGUGUGAUUAAACUGGCCAUUGUCGAAAUACAAAACAAGACAUGCAGAUGAUGCGACAAUUAGUAAUCGCCUGCACUGCGCGAUAAGACUUCCCAGUUUCAUACACUACAGAGGAAUACUGGCUUG